CGGAGCCGAGGCCUGGGGGGCGGUGGGGCCGCGCAUGGAGCCCCCGCCCCCGGAGCUGCUAACACCGCCGCUGCGCUACGCACAGCCUCUCAGCUCUGAGCCUCUGCCCUCCAGGUACCCCUGGGAUGGCGUGAGUGCUUCCCCAGCGAUGGACCCCUCUGUGACGCUGUGGCAGUUUCUGCUGCAGCUGCUGAGAGAGCAAGGCAAUGGCCACAUCAUCUCUUGGACUUCACGGGAUGGUGGUGAGUUCAAGCUGGUGGAUGCCGAGGAGGUCGCCCGGCUGUGGGGGCUGCGCAAAAACAAGACCAACAUGAAUUACGACAAGCUUAGCCGGGCUUUGCGCUACUACUACGACAAGAACAUCAUUCGCAAAGUGAGCGGCCAGAAGUUUGUCUACAAGUUUGUGUCCUACCCUGAGGUCGCAGGGUGCUCUACUGAGGACUGCCUGCCCCAACCCGAGAUGGCUAUCACCUCUACUGUGGCAAAUGUGGCCCCCACUGCUAUACAUGCUAUCCCCGGGGACACUGCCUCUGGGAAGCCAGGCACACCCAAGGGUGCGGGAAUGGCAGGCCCAGGUGGCUUGGCACGCAGCAGCAGGAAUGAGUACAUGCGCUCAGGCCUCUAUUCCACCUUCACCAUCCAGUCCCUGCAGCCACAGUCACAGCCACCCACUCACCCUCGGCCUGUCUCAGUGCUCCCCAACACCAUCCCAGCAGGAACAGGAGUACCCUCCUCGGGGAGCAGAAGCACCAGUCCCAGCCCCUUGGAGACCUGCUUGGAGGCUGAGGAGGCCUGCCUGCCUCUUCAGGUCAUCCUGACCCCACCCGAGGCCCCAAACCUUAAAUCAGAAGAGCUGAGUGCGGAGCCGGGGUUGGGCAGGCCACUGCCCCCAGAAGUGAAAGUGGACCGGCCCAAAGAGGAGUUGGAAGCCGCAUCCAGUGCCGAGAUGGGGUUUGGGCCGGAAGCCCCUAAGGCCGGCGCUGAAGUCCCUCCUGCAGAGGGCGUACCAGCCCGGCUGCCCGCGGUCAUCAUGGAGACAGCUGCGCAGGUGGGCGGCCUCCCUGCUUCCGCACCUUCCAGCACGGAGAUCGCUCAACCUCAGAAGGGCCGGAAGCCCCGGGAUCUGGAGCUUCCACUCAGCCCGAGCCUGCUGGGUGGGCCGGGACCCGAGCGGACUCCAGGAUCGGGAGCCGGCUCUGGUCUGCAGGCUCCUGGGCCAGCGCUGACGCCAUCCUUGCUACCUACGCAUACAUUGACCCCGGUGCUGCUGACACCCAGCUCGCUGCCCUCCAGCAUCCACUUCUGGAGCACCCUGAGUCCCAUUGCACCCCGUAGCCCGGCCAAGCUCUCCUUUCAGUUUCCAUCCAGUGGCAGCGCCCAGGUGCACAUCCCUUCCAUCAGCGUGGGCCUCUCCACCCCCGUGGUGCUCUCCCCAGGGCCCCAGAAGCCAUGACUACCACCACCACCACCACCCCUUUCCUGGGUUACUCCAUCCA